CAGCCCGCGUGUAUAGUCUCUCCCGCUGACUUGUCUCCCGCGCUGCAGCACCAUGGACACCCCGAGGCAAGUGGUCAAUUUCGGGCCGGGGCCCGCCAAGCUGCCGCGCUCGGUAUUGUUAGAGAUACAAAAAGAACUAUUAGACUACAAAGGCAUUGGGAUUAGUGUUCUUGAAAUGAGCCACAGGUCGUCAGAUUUUGCUAAGAUUCUUAACAACACGGAGAAUCUUGUACGGGAAUUGCUAGCUGUUCCAGAAAACUACAAGGUGAUGUUUAUGCAAGGAGGUGGGUCUGGCCAGUUCAGUGCUGUCCCCUUAAACCUGAUUGGACUGAAAGCAGGAAGGUGUGCCGACUAUGUGGUGACAGGAACUUGGUCAGCUAAAGCCGCAGAAGAAGCCAAGAAGUUUGGGACUGUGAACAUUGUCCACCCUAAACUUGGGAGUUAUACAAAAAUUGUAGACCCAAGCACGUGGACCCUCAGCCCAGAGGCCUCCUAUGUGUAUUACUGCGCCAAUGAGACUGUGCACGGCGUGGAGUUUGACUAUAUCCCUGACGUCAAGGGAGCAGUGCUGGUCUGCGACAUGUCCUCAAACUUCCUAUCCAGGCCAGUGGAUGUUUCCAAGUUUGGGGUGAUUUUUGCUGGUGCGCAGAAGAAUGUUGGCUCUGCAGGGGUCACGGUGGUGAUCGUCCGCGAUGACCUGCUAGGGUUCGCUCUCAGAGAGUGCCCCUCGGUCCUGGAGUACAAAGUGCAGGCUGGAAACAAUUCCUUGUACAACACACCUCCGUGCUUCAGCAUCUAUGUCAUGGGCCUGGUCCUGGAGUGGAUUAAGAACAACGGCGGCGCAGCAGCUAUGGCGAAGCUCAGCUCCAUCAAAUCUCAGAUGAUUUAUGAUAUCAUCGAUAACUCUCAAGGGUUCUACGUAUGCCCAGUGGAGCCCCAGAGCAGAAGCAAGAUGAAUAUUCCAUUCCGCAUUGGCAGCGCCAAAGGAGACGAUGCCUUAGAGAAAAGAUUUCUCGAUAAAGCCCUUGAGCUCAAUAUGAUCUCCUUGAAAGGGCAUAGGUCUGUGGGAGGCAUCCGGGCCUCUCUGUACAAUGCUGUCACGAUCGAGGAUGUUCAAGAGCUGGCAGCCUUCAUGAAGAAAUUUUUGGAGAUGCAUCAGCUGUGAACACAUCCUAACCAACAUACACAUAUAUACUGUACCCUUGGACAAUGUCCAAAAUUUAAAGUAACUUAACGGUUUCAAAAACUUAACCAUAGUAUUUUUCUCAAAGGAACAUGCUUAUUAUAGAUUCUUUUUUUUUUUUCCUUCAAAGUACGGCAAAAUAUCCACAGUUCUGCAAAGCUGGUGGGACUUAACAGACACCUUAAUUUAGACUCGAACUGGAAGUGUUUUAAAAAAUCUCCCUUUAGCUUUCUAAAGGUUCUCCCUUAUGUUGUCUUUGCUGCUACUUUUUCUAGCUAGAUCUCAGUAUUCAGACUUGCCUGUGGACUUACACAAAGUGCAGUUGAUGUUUCUGGAGACACACAGACUCGUAGCGUUGAGGGUGGGUAGGGUCUGUGGGGUCUGCUAGGUGCUGAAUCUUGGUCCUUUUCAAAAUGACAGCAGUGGGGGCUCCUUGGGUUCCACAGCUGUUAAUUCAGGUCAACCUUGAUCCUGUGAGUAUUUAGGGUUCUGGGCUAAAGAGCCAUUUGGAGAUCUUUAUACUGUUAUUCUCAUAGAGAUAAACGUGACAUACCAUAUGUUUAUAUAGCAAGGCCUGUUUUUAUUACCAAAUAGUUUAUAUCUCUACAUUUAUAUUUCUAAUAAUGCGGUUUUCAGUGAUAUGUGUAGAGACUUUGGGAAUUUGUAGAGUCCUUGGCCUUCUGCGUGCUAACAUAGUUCCAACAGUUUUGUCUCCCCUUCCCCCCUCCCUUUGGAGGCUGCUUCCCAAGAUUUUGAAACUCUCCAAUUCACUUUUAUUUUCCUUUCGGUAAAUGGAAGAGAAGGUUGGUUGGUUGGCUGUUUAUUUUUCAGUUAUGCCGUGAAACUAAAGAGUCUCUGAUAAACUCCCUUAUUGUUUGUUCACUUGACUGUGUCUGUAAUCGUGUUUGACCAGAGGGACGCUGUGAGUGCUGGAAGCUCCUUGCCGGGGUCUUUGCCCUGUUGUUUUUCCUUCGUCAGUGUUUUGUGUUGAAUACGGGAAGGACAUUAAAGUCCUGAAACACCUAAACCUUUGUCAGUGAAUUUCUUUACCUGCUUUUUAGACAGGUUAUUCUUUUUUAAACUUUAUGGUGGGGAAACUUGAGUC